UCAAUCUUACUUUCUCGUUCAUCUGCCAUUUUGCGCGAUCAAUCCCUUCUUCCUCCUCUGCUUCGCGAUGCAGCUUUGUGUGGAUGUGGGUUCAGAGCUCCAAAUUAUGUUGCUUUCAUUCCGUUUCUCAGACGCUUUCAGUCCCUUCGCCGUUGGUGUGGCUGUGAGCUUGCUCUCCCGUGACCACUGAAGUCGUCUCCUUGCUCUACUGCGUUUUUGGCUGACAAUUCGUUGCUGUUCGCGCGCUUCAUUUUUCUUGGGCCAUUCUCGUCUUUUCUAAAAUGGGCUCAUCACUUUUUAAUGCAAGUGUCGAUCUUCUCGCUGAUGCUCAAGUUGCUAUCGAAGCCACUAAUUUUUUGGACCCUUUACCUUGGAAUUUGCUCAUGUCGUCCAAUGUUAGAAAUGGACUUUUUCCAGAGGCUACUUCUGUCAGUAAGAAAAUGAUGAAUAAGCAGGUUAAACCAGGCAAUUUCACUUAUCCAUCUGUUCUCAAGGCUCGUGGUGAAGCGUUGGAUUGUGUUGCUGGCGUGGAGAUUCACAAGUCUAUUGAAACGAGCUCUCUGGUGUGGAGUUUGGUAGUGCACAAUGCAUUGGUCUCCAUGGAUGGUAGGUUUGGGAAAGUGGAGGCUGCCCGUGAUUUGUUUAAUCAUAUGCCUGCGGAUAGAGAUUCUGUUUCAUGAAAACACUAUGAUAGAUACUUAUGCCUUUAGGAAUAUGUAGGAGGAAGCAUUUCAGCUCUUUAAAAGCAUGUGCAAGGAGGGUGUUGAAUGGCUAUAAUCACACGGAGCACCAUUGCUGGGGCGUGCUUGUGAACAACCAAUUUCAGGAGUUCACUUCUUUUGAUUUCUAAAACGAGAAUAUCUAUUCAUCAUUUAGUGUGUGUUUGGAUCCACGAUUGGAUCUCGAAUAAGUGGCUUUUAGAGUGUUAAGCACGUUUGGGCUCUGGUUGUUGUUAAGGGCCAAAAGUUGUUUGAAUUUGGCUUUUUCAGAAGCUGCUCCCUUGCUUAUGCUUGUAGCUAAUGGUGCUUAUGAUGUUGGUAGGACUGUUAUAACAAUUAUUGGUGGCUUAGAAAAAUAUUAUUCUCUCUCCUCUUCCUCAUAUUUGUCUCGUGCUUCACGCACCUCCUCUGUCUUCGAGCUUGUCUUGUCGCCUUGUUAGAUCAAUCGCCAGUCGUGGUCGCCA